CUCCCCCAUGUCAAUCGAGCGCACAGUCACCACCUUGCUUGGUACAAGCUAUAGGAUCGUUGAUACCGGCAUUCCAACCACCAACGACGCAAACUACCUCACUCUCGUCUUCCUCCAUGGCUGGGGCAUGCCCUGCUCCCUCGGUAUUACCAGCCGCAUAGCCGCCCUUUCCCCCAGUCAAGGCGUCCGCUUCAUCGGCGUAAACCGCCGUGGUUACGAAGGCUCCUCGCCCUACACGCCCGACGAGGCGCAUGUUCUUCAGCAUGGCGCGCCAGAGGAUCGCGGUGCCGCCUACCGUGACGAAGGGCGGCAAUAUGCGCAUCUGCUCGAUGCACUAAUGCAGGAUGGGACUGUGGGUGCAGGCGGCGUCGCGAUGGUAGCUUGGUCGAUAGCGAACGCGCACCUGAAUGCGACAGUGGCCUCCAUCCAUGACUUGCCAGAUCAUGUUCAGGAGCGACUGAGUGGGCGCGUGAAGGCUUUCAUCUACUUUGAGGCAGGUCCGCGCCUCAUGGGUCUCGAAAAGCCACCCGGAUACGUCCCCGCGGAAGACAAGUCCGUACCUCCCAAGACGCAGCUGCGUAGGGCCCAAGCUUGGUACGCAGCGUACUUCAAGCACAACCUCGCUUCGCACAGAAUCGACGGCCUCGAGAUGCGACAUGGCGACCCUGCACGCCCACCCACCGACGUCGUACACGAGGAUUUCUGGGUUCGAUACACCGACCCAGAUGGUCCAUUCCCGGGAGACCCAGCUAUCUUUGCACCUGAUGUCCAACCGUACAUACAAGCCGCGGCGGAUGCGGCGCUGUUCGAUGCUGGGGUCAGGAAGGCCUGGGGAGAUCCCAAAGUCGCAUAUGUGUACGGAGAUUUCAGCGUGUGGACAGCAGUAUGGACGGCGUGGGCAUUGGAGGAUGAGUGGAAAGCGCGGGGUUCCAACGCUCCGGAGCUGUCAUUUAGAGUGGUGGAAGGGGGGAAUCACCAAUGCGUACUCGACUUGCCCGAAAGAACCUUGCAGGCCUUCCUGGAUUGCGUUACAUGA